AUGCUUCUUGCUCACAAACCCCAUCCUCCGCCCUUCAUGUCGCCUAACAUAUCACAUCGUCGUCAUCCUUCGGCUCCUCCAGCAGUCGUAGUUCAAGCAACGAAAACACCUGGCUUGCUUUUCAUCUCAAAGCAGCCCUCACGACCCUCAACUCCUCGUAACCACCAACAGCUCCCUCAGACUCAUCAGAAACAGCAUCGGUCGCCAAAGCCGAAACAGAAACAGCUCUUCCCUCAAUCUCAAAGCCGUGCAACACAGCCUCCAAUCUCAGAGUCAUCCGAUGAACCUGCCAAACCUACUACGCAGACAAUUCAUUUAGAUCUACAUACCGUUAUUUGCCCCCUUCUCCUUUUUAGAAGCUCUUCUUCAAAUGCUCAAGCCCGACGCAGCAACAUCCGUCAACCCUCGCCACCUAUUCUCUCGCAGGCUGAGGGUAUACGAUCUUCGACGCAAACCUUUACCCAUCACAAUAACAAUCCCGCAUCCAACUCUUUUGAUCCCUUUGUUGUCAGUUCUGAUUCUGACUCGGAUAAUUCGCUUCCACCCAUGACUUUGACGCCCAAGUAUCCUUCUUCGCAAGCACCUUCUUUGACAUCUCAGCCGACUGGGAAACUGGCAGCUCGUCGCCGUCGCCCUGUCCCCCAGCAAGUUGCGACACCCACCCCUACCACUAGGGCAGUUCCUGUUCCUAGAUCUAAUACUCGGCCCACUGGUCACAAUCUCUCUCGUUCGGCUCCAAGCCAGUCUGCUGCGCCACUCCGAACCGCACGGCGCACUUCCGCCGGCUCUGCCACAGAUUUCCCGGUCUGUGAUGACACCACUGACGUUGAUGAUGAUAAUUCUCCUUUAUCAACCCCCACUCGUGAGAGAUCUGCUGGGACUUGGCAACAGCUUGCAUUUGAGCAAGGUCCCCGCACGGCACCGCUUAAUAAUAGCCCAGGAUUUCCGUUUGGCGGGCAGUUAAACUGCACCACCCCGUCCCCAUCCCGCAAACAUUACAGAACGCCCAGUGAGGGUGUUUUUCACAUGUCCUUAGACGAGGACAUGGCAUCGGCUUCUGAUACUUCUGAAGAUCAAAAGAAGUUGUUUGGCUUCAUGCCAAGGAAUCCGGGGUCAGUUGGACCGAGCGUCACCCGCGCUGUUAAGGAGAAGGCUGGGUUUUUCGCGAGCUCAGUAUUCCAAAACUCGCCGAGCCCCGACGAGUUGCCUCCGCCCGCUUUUUGA